AUGUCACGUCGCGAAGAGCGUAUUCGAGCGCGAGAAGAGGCCAAUUCCAUGUUUCAAGCACUCCCAUCGGAAAAGCGGCAGUCCCUUUUGACAUCCAAAAAGCCAACGCGACCACCAAAAAAUGUACACCCAUCUGCUGAAUCUGAGACAUCAUCGAAUGUACCAUCAUCAUCACCUAUUCCGUUUCAAGAUGCUCCUACUCCAGAAGACUCACCCACGAAACGCACGGCACCAUCAGCUCCGAAGGAAAAGUCUGAACGAACGAAAUUACGCGAAUCGCGCCGUGCAGAACGUCAGGCUAAGGAGGAGAAGGAAGAAAAGGACAAGCUAGCGCAAGUCCGGCUCUUCAAUUCCUUUUUUCAACAGCCUACGAUCAAGUCUCUUAAAAAAGAUAACGAAAAUCUCGAGAAGAAGACAGAUUUUGAGCUAACAUUUCCUCCUUGUGAGUACAAAGACAUGGCAGAAACGAAUCGAUUCUACCAUCCAGUGAAUGAUGAACUUCUUGAUCAGCUCGACACACGACAUAAGUCGACAAAAGCGCUGCUCGCUGAAUUCCAACUGGCCUUCCGGUCUGAACGUGCUUUACACAAACCAACGAGGCAGGGAAUUCAUCCGCCCGUCUGUGUGCGGGACAUUGUCAAAACGGUCACUGAGUCGGACGUCCUCGGCGGAAAUGCCGAGGAGCGCGCUAAACGUGAGUUAGAAAAGCUCAACAAUCGCGAGCUUGUUUCCAUUAAGCUACUGCAGUUUCAUCUUGACAGACGUCCCGGCUGGAUCGGAACACACACUCGAUCGUCUACAUUUAUUCGCCCACGAAGGCCUUUCGGACAAGAUCCACUAUCUAUCGACUACUCGUUUGACAGUGAUCUCGAGUGGGAAGAUAUGGAAGAAGGUGAAAAUGUAGACGAUGCUUUGGAUGAUCGGGAAGAAGAUGCGGAGAGUAUCGGCAAUUCUGAGGCCGAUUCCGAAAUGCAAGACUGGCUCGAAGAUGAUCUAGAAGAGGACGAAAUUGUACCAGCAGAAGAAGAAUCCAGUAUAUCUGGUUAUGUUGCUUCAUCACGGAAUGCGUUGAUUCGUGGUCCAUCAACUGCGCACAGCCUUAAGCCCAAAAAGAAACUCAAACUCUUGGGUCGACGAUUUGACUCUAAGCUGGUGCCCUAUUCGACGGGUCCCCAUUGGGAAACUACUGUGUCUGUGCCAAGUCACGAUAGUUUUGCGCCCUACCAAAUCCAUUUAAUGAAUGAUGCCUAUGUGGGCUUGGACCCAUUUUCAUUUGUGUCAACAAACAUAUGUGUGACAGAUGAAAGCAAGCUGAGCACCGUGCCUUCGGCGGCAUCGUCGAUUCCUAAUGCCUCUGUUCCUCCUGACGCUUCAGAUUCUAGCACUGUCCACACUGUAUCCACUGGUCAGCCACGCACGACCAAAUUUAUGUUUCCUGAUACCCGCCUGCCCGAGCUGCUGUCCAUGAUUCAAGGGUCAACACGCUCGAAACCCGCUCUUGUCGAGGACCUCCGCGAGCAUUUCGCUCCCACUGUCAAAGGUGUAAGCAAAGCUGCCAUUGAAGCACGUCUCCAAGAAUGUGCAAUGCGUGAAAGUAAAAAGCUAGGGGCUAAAUGGAUCAUCAGAGAUGAAUUCAAGGUACGUGCUACUCUUCGCUAA